GUUCAAAAAGGCAGUUGUUAACAAGUUGAAAGAUGAUAGUGAAAAAUGGUCUAAAUCGGUGAUCAAGCUCACCAAAGCACAAAAAAGCCUUCUUUUUGAGGAACGUAAAAAGGAAUGUCAUAGUUUCAGUCAAGAAACGUGUGCUGCAGAAAUUCAAAGUGCCUCUGGACGUACAUGCCGCUUGAACCAGUCAGUUGUAUCAAAAAUGCUCAAAGGUCAGUAUAUGCCAAAAGAGGGAGAGAAGGCUGUUGGAUAA